AUGAAGUACACUAUGUUCCUGAUCGCCUCUUUCCUCGGCCUAGCCAUGGCCGCUGGUAACUGCCCUGAUUUCCCUUCUUGCCACUGUCCUGGGGACCUCUGCAGAAUCGGUGAUAAUAAACCCGGUGAUGGCCAGGGCGUUUGCUGCGAAGGAAAAUCUUGCGUCCGGUCAGGCUCAAGCGAGAACUGGUAUUGCCGAUAG